AUGAUAAGUUUAAUAAAAGGAUUUUGGCAGAAAUAUUUUGAUCCUCCAAAUUAUAAAAUAUUAAUAGUAGGAAUAGAUGGAGCAGGAAAGACAGUAAGAAAUAAUAUAUAAUUUUAGACAUUAUUAAAUAAAUUAAAGCAAUUGGCUAAACUUUCAUAUAUACAAUUUGAUAAAAUACCAAAAACAGUAGGUCUGAAUAUUGCAGAGAUUGAUUACAUGAAUAGGAACAAAUCGUUGAAUAGAAAAUAUAAAGUAACUUAUUGGGACUUAGGAGGGUCUUAAACUUAGAGAAGCAUUUGGAAGAAAUACUAUGGAGAAUGUCAUGGUAUAAUAUUUGUAGUAGAUGGAAAGAAAUAGGAGAGAUGGGAUGAAGUGAGAAAGUGCUUUAAGUAUAGUUUAGUAGUGAUAUAUUGGUGAGGUGUUAGGAGAUAAAUCGCAUGAUGAAGUUCCGAUAUUAGUAUUAGUGAAUAGAGGAUAAGAUGGAGAGAAUGGAAUUAAUAAAAGAAUAAAAGAGUUAAUAUAAAAUAGGAGUGAUAGAUUUUUAACAAUAUAGGAAGUGAAUAUCAUAGAGAAGUAUGAAUGAAAUAUAAAAUAGUACAAACGUAGUUGAAUCUGUAAAGUUGUUACAUAAUGAGAUUGGGCAGUUAUUUGAGUAAUACAAU